ACAAGUGCAACAGAGAGAGAGAGAUGGCACCAGUGUGGACAAAAGAACAGCCGGCCACGACAGAGGUCCAUAAGGUCGCAGAUGAGGUGAAAUCCGACGCGGAGAGUCACAUCCACGCCUUAGAGCAGAUAUUCGUCGCGAAAACGUACCGUGAGCAGGACCAGACCAUCAUGCUGGGAAAACUUCUACUGAUCAAGGUCGAUAUUGGAAACCCCAACAACUUCGUCCACAUGGAGGUGUUCGUUCCCAGUAACAAGCUGCCAGUUCUGGUGGCGAUCCAGGAAAACUUCAGUAACUGCGCUCCGCUGGAACCCUUGGUCUGAGAAACGAGAGUUUCCUGACCGAUGCCAACUCCUCGCUGUGCUUGCGGCCCACCCCUCGGGAAUAUUCCCCUCCCUCCCCACGAAGCUCGUCACACGGGGUAGUUGGGACACCCUUCAGCAACCCAUUGUUUAAUGCUGGGUUUGGUUCUUCCUGUGCACAGAUCCCAGACACACUCACACCUCCCCCAGACCCUACA